UUUCUACAAGCCAGAUACAUUUUUAUAGUUCACGAACCGUUUAUGGAAGCGCCUUUCUAGAUAGUUUGCCGCCUUAUCAGUCAAAUAACAGGCACGGUUGAGCUAAUCUCUAUAGGGUCACUAAAUGUCUUAGCCAGACAUGCUGCAGGCUUUUUUAUUUUCAUAUGCUCUAGUAACAUUUACCGUAAUACACGUACCUGUACUUAUACCUCCUUUUCUCACUUAAUAUUUACAUUUUAGGUGAAUGUACGUCAUAGAAAUUGAUGCUAAAUUGGCGUAGCAUUUCCUGUUAGCCCUGUAACCACGGAAACAUAGACAACGUCUGAAUGUCAUGAUGAUGAGAUUUCAGUGCGGACGUUUACAACGUUUAAAUACGAUGUACGUCAGAAAGUUGGAAAGAGUGAAUAGGUAAAUACGUUUUACUUUACUUUAUUGCUGACUAAUAACUUGGAGACAAAGGGGUGCGAUUUUAGAGUAAAGUUUGCAACUCGGUAAGGUGUUUAUGUUUAAAUAUGUCAACCGGUUUAACAUCACGGUGAGGCAGAGAAGAAAAAUAAAUUCUGUAUUUUAUAUAUUUGUGUUUGCAUUUAUCAUAUAGGAAUUACAUGCACAAAUAGCAGGACACUUAUUGAAUCCUUAUUAAUGUGAAAAACUACACCUGUGUUUGAAUAGUCUAAAUUAUCAGCCAAAAUAACUGUAAACAGGAAGUACAAACGUAAACUCAGCGGUGCUUUCACUUUUAGCGAUGUGUUUACGGACGACAGAAGACAAACAACACUGAGGCCUUGACUUACCUUUAACUUUGAAGAACAGGGAUCAAGAAUGGAAGAUACAGAGAAAACCCAACUCGAGGAAAUGUUAAUGUGCACAGUGUGCCACGACAUCUUCAAGGAUCCUCGGCAGCUGCCCUGUGGUCACAGCAUGUGUAUGGGCUGUCUGGAAAACUUGAUGGAUCACUCCUCAGACCUUCCCUUCCGCUGCCCCGACUGUAGGUCUUUUUUUGGACAGAUUGUCGAGGUACAGAAGAGCUACGCGCUGGCUAACAUCGCAGAAAACUUCAGGGAGAACAGGAGGAGGAGGGAGGAGCAGACAAAAGUUGUGUACUGCGACUGCUGCCCAGAGAAAAAAACCUUGGCUAUAAAAACGUGUCUGAAGUGUGAGGUGUCUAUGUGCAAAGAGCAUGUCAAGGACCACCAGGAGCUUCCAGUGUUCACGGGACACCCCGUGGUCAGGCCUCUGGGUGACCUCCAGGCGAGGAAAUGCCCACAGCACGAGGAUGAGGUGCUGAGGUACUACUGCAACACGUCCAGGCGCUACAUUUGCAACAUGUGCGCCCUGGAGAGAAAGCAGCACAACCUCGCCAGUGAGGCCUCCACUGUCCUGCGGAGACAGCUGACUGAGUACAUGGACCAGCGCUUCACGGUGCUCAAGGAGCAAAUCACAGAAUCCACUGACUCUGUAAGAAAACUGAAAGAUGACAUCCAACGUGAGAAACUUAAAGUGAACCCUGCUGACUCGUGCCUCAACAGCGUCACAGUGGUGCUGCUCUGUAUGUGGUUCAUCGUUCUGUAUUAUGCCUAUAACUACUCUGUGGAAAAUCAGACACUAAGAGAAUCACUGGACAAGCAGCAGAACCGUGUGCAUCAUAUCUACUCCACCAUUGCAGAACUCUUGGUUGAGCAUCCAUUGAAGAGCUACACACCUCCAGAAACAGAAGAUAAAGGAUUUCUCAUGCUGGACGUGGACACUGUCAGUCCUUUCCUGGGAGUCUCUGCUGACUUCCAAACAGUGGAGAGAGUGAAAGGCAAGCUGGGUUAUCCCAACAGUUUCAAUCGCUUUGAUGAAGCUCCGCAGAUCCUCUCAGCCCGGUGCUUCUCCUCUGGGACCCACAUCUGGGAGGUGCAGGCUGAGGGGUACUGGGACAUCGCUGUGUCUUACAAGAGCAUCGAACGCAAAAGCAAGUACAACAGUGCCUUUGGAAACAAUCGAGAGUCCUGGAGCCUAACACACAACGGCAAAGGCAAGCUGUCUGCUUACCAUAAUGGUGGGAAAACAGUUCUCCCUGUAACCCUGCAGAGCAGCCGAAUAGCAGUGAUGGUUAAUUUUGAGAAAGGCAACAUCACAUUCAGCGCUGUGGAGUCCACCAUCACCAAGCUGCAUGAGUUCAAGGCUAAACUGACUCAGCCAGUGUGUCUGGGUUUGGGGCUUUACCGUGUUGAUCCACUCAGCAGAGCCUCUAUUGUCAAAGCUUUCUGAAUCUCUGGAUUCACAAUUCAGCUGCAACUGCAUCCAGACUGCCUUAGGUCCAGUGGCUUUCUCUGAAAGCAGAGGAAUCUAAGAGAAAAGACCAAACGAAGUCAAAGCUAUAAGCUGAGCUGCCUCAGGUAUAUUUUUGUAUUGGAGAUUCUUUUAUGGUUUGUACACUCCCCUCCAAAAGUAUUGGAGCAGUGAGGCCAAUUCCUUUAUUUUUGCUGUAGACUGAAAACAUUUGGGUUUGACAUCAAAAGAUGAAUAUGAGACAAGAGAUCAACAUUUCAGCUUUUAUUUCCAGGUAUUUACAUCUGGAUCUGAUACACAACUUAGAAGAUAGCAUUAUUUGUAACGGAACACCAAAUUCUUAGGUGAGCAAGAGUAUUGGAACAGAUAGACUUAAAAUAGAUUAAAGUGUGUAAGACUUAAUAUGUAGUUGCAAAUCCUUUGCGUGCAAUAACUGCAUCAGGCCUGUGACCCGUUGACAUCACCAAACUUUUGUAUUCUUCUUCUGUGAUGCUUUUCCAGGCUUUCACCGCAGCCUCUUUCAGUUGUUGUUUGUUUUGGGGGGUUACUCCCUUCAGUCUCCUCUUUAGCAGGUAAAAUGCGCUAUAGGGUUUGAGUCUGGAGAUUGACUUGGCCAAUCGAAAACCUUCCACUUCUUGCCCCUGAUGAACUCCUUUGUUGUUUUUGCAGUGUGUUUUGAGUGCAUGAUGAAGGAUCUCCCAAUCAGUUUGGUUGCAUCUUUCUUUAAAUUGGCAGACAAAAUGUUUCUGUAGACUUCUGAGUUCAUUUUGCUGCUGCCAUCAUGUGUUACAUCAUCACUGAAGCUUAAUGAGCCAGUUCCAGAAGAAGCCAUGCAAGCCCAAGCCAUGACAGUACCUUCACCGUGUUUCACAGACGAGCUUGUAUGUUUGGGAUCAUGAGCAGAUCCUUUCUUUCUCCAAACUUUAGCCUUUCCAUCACUUUGGUGAAGGUUAAUUUUUGUCUCAUCAGCCCAUAAAACUUUGUCCCACAAUUUCUGAGGCUCGUCUCUGUACUUUUUGGGAAAUUCCACCCUGGCCUUCCUAUUCUUCUUGCUAAUGAGUGGUUUGCAUCUUCUGGUGUAGCCUCUGUUCUUUUGUUCAUGAAGUCUUCUGCGAACAGUAGAUUCUGAUACCUUCACUCCUGCCCUCUGGAGGUUGUUGCUGAUGUCACCAACAGUUGUUUUAGGGUCUUUCUUUACAGCUCUCACAAUGUUUCUGUCGUCAACUGCUGUUUUCCUUGGUCUACCCGUUCGACGUCUAUUACUUAGUACACCAGUGGUUUAUUUUUUCUUCAGGACAUUCCAAAUGGUUGUACUGGCUAUGGCUAUGGUUUGUUCAAUGGCUCUGAUUGAUUUUCCAUCUUCUCUCAGCUUCACCCAUAGACAGCUCUCUGGUUUUCAUGUUGGUUACAGCUCUAACUAUAAAUGCAAUCUGCACAGGCAAAACCCAAUUCUGAAACUUAGCGUAGACAUUCAGCGCUAUUUAUUUUUUGAAUAAUCAGUGUCAGUCACUUGUUCCUAUACUUUUUCUCACUUGAAAAAUGGGUGUGUUCAAACAAAAGGUGCUAUCUUCU